AUGGGGUGGGCGCACCCAGCGGUGGCCAUGGAGGAGGUGCUCGGUCUGGUCCGGGGUUUCGUGGACGUCGUUGUCCUUGCCGGCGGCCGCACCUCGUCCGGCGUCGCCGCUACUUGGAGCGCCGACGAGGUCAAGAAGGCCCUCCGGUGGGCGCUCUUCUUCGAGGAGGUUUUCAAGGACCUGCGUGACUCGGGCCAGUACGAGGAUUCUGCAAGAGAGCUCGAUGCGUCACUCCUUGAGCUCACUUCGAGCCCCGAGUUCCCGAAGGGUCUUGCUGCUGUACGUUCAGAAAUGCUUUCCAUGGCAAGGGUGUUGGUUGUGCGACAUUUUCUGAAAGCAAAAACAAUGAGCGUGGAAAGCUUUGGUGCUCUUCUUGAAGCGGUUGUUGAGAUGGAUAUUGAUGGCAUUUGUGCUACUGGUGUGCACAACGCAUGCCAAGAGUAUGCUGAGUCAAUAUUGAAUAUGAAUCUGUCAUGUUUUGCGCAGUCCAUGAAUGCUUGUGAUGGUGGACUUCCCACUAGUUCUGAUGAACUGCAUGCAGAAUCCAUGGGCAAUUCACGCAUUAUAGUUAAAGAAUUUCAGAAAACACUGGAUUCAGCAUUGUGUGCUUGUUUGGCUGAGAGAGGACUGGAAACACUUUUGAACAGUGUGAAAAGAAAUAGCUUGGAAAAUCGUAGUAAUAAGCCAUGCGUCCCAGUGAUUCCAAAAACAUCGCGAAUGAUCGACAAGUUUCUAAUGUGGAAGCAAUGGAGAGCCAAGUGUUUGUCAUAUUUGCUUGAUGAGCGGACCAUUCGGGUUUUGGCUGGAGCUAGUUUGAUUUUUAAAGCUCCUAAAGAGCAGUGGAUGAAAGUGUUUGAGCCCUUGAAAGGUUUAGCCGAACCAUGUCAUAGUGGUCUUGUCGAAACCAUGGAGAUAUGCUUGCUGGGUUCAAUUACAGGGCGAUGGAACACAUUGAUAGAGAGCUUCAUAUCACACAGUUUCUGUUUCAUUCCUAUAUCCAAGAAGUACGCUGAUCUGCACCAGUGCCUUCACAGAACUUCUCAGGAGAAAUUCCAAGACGAACAUCUUAAUUUGGAGGAAAAGGAUAUUCUUGACUAUGCAAGACAGUCAUUAGAGAGUAAACCAUCCUUACUAUGGCUUCUACCUCCAGUUCUUACUGCCGCAGCAAUUCCACCACGGUCAAGCUUGUUCCAGAUAUACCUUGCUCAAAUAGAUAAGCAAUUUCAUGAUGCUACUCCUGCAGAUCGCUGCUCCCUUUCUCAGAUUUCAAAUGAGAUGAGCACCCAAGCGCUCAGAAUUCUUCAGCUAAAGCUAGAUUUUCUUCCUUCCAGCAGAAAAUCAAUUGAUUCCGCCUUUUUGCAUGCUGGAAACAGUCGAAAUGAAAGAGAUAUAGAUUAUGGCUAUUUCAUAUUCUACCUACCCCAGAUCAGAACUCCAAAUAUUAAACUGAUGGGUACUGCAUGCAGCCAUACAUCAACCAUGAAUCGGCUUCACAGUGGAAGAGUUCCCCCAUGUCUUUCGUCAGCUCUAACAUUAGUACCAGCAUUCUCAGAGGUAUCAUUUCCUAGUUUUCCAGAGCAGAGAUCAUCUUUUGUUGAAAGGGAACUGCCUAUUAGUUCUGUCACCUCAUUUGACACUUCUAUGGCUGCACAUGAUACCAUGUCAACACAUAUGUUAGCUUCCAAUUUCACCAACGAAUCACCUAAUGGGCAGCUUUGUUCUGGAUCAUAUGUUACUGAGCCAUAUGAUCCUGAUACUCCAUUGCUAGCAACGCAUUCAUCAUUAAUCGGUAAUUCAAGGCCUUUGGUGAUGGACUUUCCAGAAAUAUCUGAACAGAUAUGUUCGAACCAAGAACAACUCCUAGGUUUAUUUGAUUAUCCAGCAAGUGUCGAUUUUUCCAAAUCAAAAAAUGUGACCAUCUUGGGCCAACAAGUUCAGGACACCAUUACCGCCGAUCCUAAUUCUCACCUUACACCACAAAAUGAGUGGUUCUCGUCUGGGGGUUCUAUGCAGCUUCAGAAGAAUGUAGGUUCUGCUGAAUCUGUGCUGAAGCCUCCCUUCUUCAAACACUGCUCCAAAGCCAAGGAUGCGCUGGACACCGAGCUUCAUGAGUGUUUUGUUGAUGCUGUUAACAAGCUCGGUGGGAGCGAAAAAGCAACUCCAAAAGCAGUCCAGAAGGUUAUGAAGGUCGAAGGAUUAACUAUAUACCAUGUAAAAAGCCAUCUGCAGAAGUACCGUACAGUUCAACAUCGGUCUGAAUCAUCCCAUGGUGUUUCUGGAGGGAGAAGCAGCCAGGCAGAUGAAGAUUCCAUUCCACAAUUGAAGUGA